AUGGCACCAAAUCGAGACGCUGUCCGGAUUCCCUGGUGGUUUCACCACGAGAGCUGGACCACGCCAUGGUCAUCUACGUCCGGAGAUUUCCCGCCCGAGGAAACGGAACGUGAACAUGAACAGCGAGUCCGCCAGCUCAAGAUCCAACCAUGGUUUAAACGGGCCUCGUGUGAAGCCACGGGACUCUUGACAUAUGAACUCCCUCUUCGUUGGCCUUGGGGAUAUACUAUUUAUCGCACUGUCUAUACCCCAGAGUCAGAUCUUUACUGGGAAGCUGCCGCUGAUGCGAUCCGAUCUAAUAUCUUCGCUACACUUGACUGGGAAUUACACCACGGUCGACGCCAGCACGAGCAAUCCCAUCGAAUCUUACGCGACGGGUACCGCAGUCUCGUGUUUGAUGACGAGACUCGCUUUGAUGGGGCUAGCAUUGCUCAAGUCCGAGAGGAUUUCAGGGCCUUUGUGGAAAGCGAGGUCGGAGCUCUUGGUAACCGGUUCCGCUGGUGUCUGGUUAUUGACGAAGAGGCCUUGAAGUGUUUUAUCCGUCAUCAAAAGUCUCUUGCUGGGCAAUCAGAGCAAGAUUCAACGCAGGAAAGUGAGCCCUGGGUGACGGUUGUCGAACCUAAAUACGAACAAGAGCAAAGCAGUCAGUACGCAGGCUACAUGCGCAUUCCUCUUUCCCGACUCUUCCGGCUUGCGCGUCUUGGAGAUAUGGUACCCAUGUCUCAAAUGUGCACCAUUUCUGAAGAUAUUCCCUGGUACGAAGACUUUUGA